AUGCCACAACCAAACAAGGCGAUGCUGAAGGAUCUAAAUAAUACAUACAUCACAGAAGAAAAUAGUUACGACGAGGAAGAACAGCAAAGAGAGCAUGAAACUUUAUUAGCCAGUCUAAAUGAUGAGCAAAGAUUGGUCUUCGGUGGAGUUAUGGACUCUAUCGAGUGUGGAAAAGGACAGUUCUUCUUCUUAAACGGUGCAGGUGGAACUGGUAAGACGUACCUGUACCAGACGAUCAUAACAAAGAUCCGGUCAUUACAGAAGAUAGUACUCCCGGUCGCUUCGUCAGGCAUUGCUGCGUUACUUCUACCGGGAGGCAGAACAGCUCAUUCAAGAUUCAAAAUACCACUAAACCUGCAAGAGCAUUCAAUGUGUGACAUCAAACCAGGAUCGAUGCUUGCUGAGUUACUAAAGGAAACGGUUUUAAUAAUUUGGGAUGAAGCCCCAAUGACACAUCGUCAAGCAUUUGAGGCCUUGGACAGGACCAUACGAGAUAUUUCAUCUCCGGAAGACCCAAACGCAGCGAAUAGACUUUUCGGUGGGAAGACGGUAUUGCUAGGAGGUGAUUUUAGGCAAAUACUACCAGUAAUUGCAGAAGGAAGGAGACAAGACACGGUUUCAGCGGCAAUAAACCGAUCAUAUCUUUGGGAUUCCUGUAAGUUCUACAACCUAACUCAGAAUAUGCGCUUACGAGUAGAGGAAAAAACAUUUGCUCGGUGGAUACUUCAAGUAGGAGAUGGCAAUGCAGCAAAAAUCAAUAGGCCAAUGGGAAGCUGCGAAGAGGUAGACGUUAUUAAAAUCGAGGGCAAAUUAAUGCUUGAGACCGAAGAAAACCAGCUGGAGAGAUUGGCGGCAAGUGUUUAUACAGAUUUUUACGCCUCAUACGACGACAGAGAAUACAUUACAGAGAGGGCCAUUUUGACUCCCAAAAAUGACAGUUCAUGA